ACGAAGGGGGCGCGAACCGUUAAACUACAAACGUCUAAACAUUUGUUUGUGCUAGUGAAAUGAGGCAUAAAAGCGUUUCUUUUUGAAAAGCAAAGUCGAGAAACGAAUUUUAUGUGGUCUAUAUCCCCAAGAUGAAAAUAUGCCGAAAACGGGAAGAAAUCGCGUCUAUCCUGACUUGGAUGGAUUUUAUGCUUUGCAGAAGUACAAAUUUAUAAGAGGUCUGAUUAAGGCUGAGCAUUCACAGCGUCGUCACCAGUUUAAUAAACAGGCUGCUGAGUGGACUUCUAAAGCUAUUGUAUCAUUGUCUCUGGCUGAAGGACCUAUAAAGUCACCCAAACAGGCUUCUCAACUCGAAGGGAUUGGGAAAAUAAUUAAAACUAGGUUGGACGAGAUCAUAAAAGAUGAUAAGUACAGUGUUGAGCCACCAAAUCCAGGUUGUCAUGCCAGCACAGGAUCAGGGCUGCUUGUGGCAUUACUGAAUGAAAGUGAAGCAAUAGGCUUGUCCGACGGUGGUAGGCCUCUUGUUCCUGAAGAUGAUUUAAAAGAGGCAUGUGCAUGUAUCUGUGAUGAGAAAUUCAACAUCGUUUCUACCUUAGAUGGAGCUGCAGCUAUGUGCCCUGCCUGGUGGAGAAUCAAUGUCUUGAUUAGUAGGGGAUACAUCAAAAAAAGAAGCAGAGGCAAGAAGACAGUUUAUGAGUUGUUGCCACCUGGGGAAGAUGUUGCUCAUCGUCUGAGAGGAACACAUAUACUUCCUGCCCCACAAAGACUAACUGUCUCAAAGAACACUGCCAAGAAUAUAUCGGCACAGUCAAGUAGCAAGCAAUUUGACUCUCUCUACUGCACAGAUACAGGAGAUGACGGGGUCACUCUACUGGUUGAUAUCCAUGAGCUUGGAGGUGAUAAUGUGCGAUUAGGAGAGUUAAGUAGACGACUAAAUGAUUGGGGCGUACAGCACAAGUCCCGUUCCCUCCUCUGUGGGGAUUACCAGUGGCUUUGGAGAGCUAAUGGCUGUGAGUAUACACUUCCAGUUUUGCUUGAGCGUAAGAGGGCAGAUGACUUGGCUGACAGCAUCAAGGAUGGUCGAUACACCAAGCAGAAAGAUAGGAUGCUAGCUUGGAGGGACAAGUUUGGGAUCCUGUCAGAUGAUGUAAGCCUGCAGUACUUGGUAGAGUCUACACCAGCGGCUUACCGUGUGGGCUGUAUGGAUGGCUGUAAUGGCGUUGGAAAGUGUGGGAACCCGAGCGUUGAGCAAGUUGAGGCUGCUGUAGAAGAUCUUCGUGCCAGUAGAGAUUUUACCCUUGUUGAGACACGCAGCAUAGAAGGGUCCGUUGAAUACUUAGCCAGCGUCACCACGGACCUGAAACGAAGGGUGUCUCGAGGUGAUUUUGAAGCUUUGCGCCUGCUCAACAAGGGUACAGCGGCCUCUACUGCUGGUGGCGUGCGCGAAAGGUCAUCCAUUAAACGAAUGGAUCCCUCUGCAACAAUUUCUAAGUCAUGCUCACAAUUUGAUCAAUAUGAUGAGCUGAACAGCCCAUCUUGCAUGAGAACCACUCAUUCGGGGACCAAGGUAGAAAAAGGUGAAACAGGAGGGGAGAAAGAUAUUGCUUUGGUGCGUGCAAUUCAGGCCAGUCUUCAAGACACGUACCCAAAGUUCGGUUAUGAUGAUGGCUUUGACCACUCGCCGCGUAAGAGAAGCCUUAAUAAAGGAAAUCAUACUGAAGUGAGUAGGCAACUAAAAGAAACAGAAGAUAGUGAUCUUACGCGCGCAAUUCAGACUAGUCUAGAGGACACCAAAAAAGCCACUAACACUUGUCCAAAAUUUAAUGAAGAAGAUAUUUUGGAACACUCUCCACGAUUUUAUUUGAGGACUAAAGAAAAUCGUACAGAUCUAAUAGAAAAGGAAGACAGUGCUUUUGUCAGUGCAAUUCAGGCUUGUUUAAUGGACUCAAUCAAAACGUCUAACAUAUGUUCAAAAUUGGAUGAUGAAUGCAUGUCAAAAUACUCACCGCGAAUCAGAAGCGUUAAGGCAAAGACAGAUCUAAAAGAUGUGAAAGGGGAGGCAGAGAUAACGGAAGAAAGAGAACUAGCGCGUGCCAUAAAGGCUAGUCUAAACGACACCACCAAACCUUUUAGCACUUGUUCUAAGGUUGAUGACGACGAUUUAAUUGAAUACUCAGCGCACAAGAGAAACCUCCAUUCAGAGGUAGAUCUGAGCGAUUUGAAUGGGGUAAAAGUGACGGACGGAGAACUAGCGCGAGCAAUCCAGGCUAGCCUAAAUGAUACCCCCAAGACUAACAUUUGGCCAACAUCUGUUGGCCGCGAUAACUUGGUUUACUCUCCGCGCGGAGAAGGCGUGAAAAGGGAAAACGGAACGGUGGAUACUAAUGAUGCACAAUGUCACAAUAAUGCUUCGUGUGCAAGCCAGGUGUCUGCUGACCAGAAAAGACGGAAACGAUACAGGGCGAUACAGAUCGACGACUUAUUCGAUGACUGUGUGAAAAAACGGCCGAAGUCUGAGGUUGAAGCAGCUCCUCGAUUAAAUAUCGCUAUCACUUUAAACGAGAUGGGAUCUCAUCAAGAAAAAAAACAGAUUGAAAUCCUUGACUCACAAGAAGAAGGCGCUUUUAACCCAUUCGUGGAUGGAGCUGUCUAUGUCUUUGACGCGAGGUCAGAUAAAUACCAUGGAAGAGGGACUAGCGACUGGAGCAACACGUGCACUGGUAAGGCAUCGUCAGGCAAUCAAGGGCUGUUGACAGAAGAGAGUGUGCGGAAUCUUCCCGAGAACAGCCUCACAAAGCAAGAAUCAAACUUAUCUUCUAGUGUUUGUGUGACGGGGGAAGACUCUAGUGAUAUUUACGUUGAGCCUCAGGCUUUCUAUGACAAGGAGAAGAUCGGUUUGGUAAUCGGCGUAAUGCAUGACUGCAGCCAGGCAGCAGUUCAGAACGCGCUGUUUCAAACGAAAGGAAGUGUUGAAGAAGCAAUCGUGGUGUUGCUUGAUAACAAAAGUGACUCCACUCCAUGUGAUGUCAUCGAUCUCACGUAAGGCUGUGACAAAAUUAUUAAAAUAAUGCCGUCUCUUGGUGCCAUUGCCUUGACAGAGAAAAAAAGAACUUCAAUGAAGUCAUUUGCGCGGCAUGCUCUGUUAUCAUUUCACGUGGAGUGCACGUCCUUAAUUGAUAGCGUCACUUGGAUGGCAUGAUGACGUCAGCUGGAUGAAGGCCUGUGUUGAUGUCACUUGGUACACAAGCCUUAUGACGUCACUUGGACGAAAUGCCCUGUCAUGAGUAACUAUAAAUCAACACAAUUAUAUAUUUAGAAUUUAAAAAAAAAUUAGCAACUUUCUCAUCAAAGGUCUACGGUCCGACUAUCUCAUCGGAAUAAAAGUUAAUACUGUUCAUGUUUCAGAUGUGAAGAUAUUUUGUUAACACAAUUUUAUAUUUAAAGAAAGUUAGUAUUUUAAAUAAAAAAAUUUGUAAUUUUACUUAAAAUGGUCACUAUAUUUGACGCAAAAAUAAAAACAUAUAACGUAGAAAA